AUGGUGGUUCCCGGACGGAGAACCGUCUGGGACGGAGUAAUCGAGCUAACGAAGAUGGCUCAGGAACAGUGCGUCGAUGCUCGUCUCUGGGCUUCUCAUUUAUCAGCGACCUUGAAACCCUUCGUUGAGUUCCCGUCAACGGAGCUAGCGGAGGUUCUCGUCUCGUACAUUUGCUGGGAUAACAACCUCCCUCUUCUCUGGAAGUUCCUUGAGAGAGCUAUGUCUUUGAACCUUGUCUCUCCUCUCGUUGUUCUUGCUCUCCUCGCUCACAGAGUUGUUCCUAACCGGUCUACUCAAUCAGCGGCUUAUAGGAUUUACUUGGAGCUUCUUAAGAGAAAUAUUUUCAGGAUUAAAGAUCAUACUACCGGACCUCACUACGACAAUGUCAUGAAUUCAGUAGCCAACAUUCUUCGUCUUCCAGAGUUAUUUCGUCUGGAAACAAGCAAACCUGGUGUACUUUUAGUAGAGUUCGUCUUUAAGAUGGUGUCUCUGCUGCUAGAUGCAUGCUUAAGUGAUGAAGGUUUGAUAGAGCCAAGCCAAGACUCGAGUUCCCAGUGGCUGAUCAAGUCUCAAGAUAUGGAAAUUGAUGCUCCUGAGAGAUAUAACGAAAAGAACGGAUCUCACGAGAAGUUACAGACUUUAAAUACUAUCAUGGCUAUUGAGAUGGUUGCAGAGUUCCUCAGAAAUACAGUGAUCUCCAGAUUACUGUACUUGGUGUCCUCCAACAGGGCUUCGAGUUGGCAUGAGUUUGUCCGGAGAGCACAGGUGCUUGGAGAAAACUCAAUGGCCUUAAGGAGUUCAAAGGUUCUGAAUUCUCGGGAUCUAUUGCAGUUGAUUUCGAAUAGAAGAUUUGGGUAUUCUGACGACAGCAAAAUAGUUUCAUUACGCAAAUCCAAUGCAAUUGUGGAUUUUGGAUCUCUUGCUUCUUUUGCUGGCUUAUGCCAUGGAGCAAGUCUCUCUUCGCUCUGGCUUCCUCUUGAUUUGGUGUUUGAAGAUGCUAUGGAUGGGUAUCAAGUAAACCCAACUAGUGCUAUUGAAAUCAUUACUGGUCUAGCUAAAACACUUAAAGAAAUAAAUGGGAGCACUUGGCAUGACACCUUCUUGGGUCUUUGGAUAGCAGCUCUCAGACUUGUUCAAAGGGAAAGGGAUCCUAUUGAAGGACCUAUUCCUAGACUGGACACAAGGCUGUGCAUGUCAUUAUGUAUUGUACCUCUCGUGGUCGCAAACCUUAUUGAAGAGGGAGAUAAUGAAUUUGUCAUGGAAAAGCUGCGAGACGAUCUUAUUACAAGUUUGCAGGUCCUUGGUGAAUUCCCUGGGUUGCUGGCUCCUCCCCAGUGCGUUGUUUCUGCUGCCAACAAGGCUGCUACAAAAGCAAUCAUGUUUUUGUCUGGUGGAAAUGUUGGGAAGUCAUGUUCUGAUGUCAUAAACAUGAAGGACAUGCCUAUCAACUGCUCUGGAAACAUGCGCCAUCUGAUAGUAGAGGCUUGUAUUGCAAGAAACAUACUGGAUACAUCGGCCUACUCAUGGGCUGGCUAUGUUAAUGGUCGAAUCAACCAAAUACCUCAUAACCUUCCGAGUGAAGUACCUUGCUGGUCGUCAUUUGUGAAAGGGGCUCCUCUAAAUGCUGCAAUGGUGAAUGCAUUAGUUUCAGUUCCGGCUUCAAGCUUAGUAGAGAUCGAGAAAGUAUAUGAGGUCGCAGUCAAAGGAUCAGAUGAUGAGAAGAUAUCUGCUGCUACAGUGCUUUGUGGGGCAUCUCUCACACGAGGUUGGAACAUACAGGAACACACUGUUGAGUUUCUUACAAGAUUACUAUCCCCACCCGUUCCAGCAGAUUAUUCUGGGGCUGAAAGUCACUUGAUUGGUUAUGCCUGCAUGCUCAAUGUUGUUAUUUUUGGGAUAGGAUCUGUUGACAGCAUUCAGAUCUUCUCUUUACAUGGCAUGGUUCCGCAACUUGCUUGCUCACUAAUGCCGAUCUGUGAAGCGUUUGGAUCAUACACCCCAAAUGUAUCGUGGACUCUUCCAUCUGGAGAAGAAAUCUCAGCAUAUUCUGUUUUCUCCAAUGCUUUCACUCUUCUUUUAAAGCUUUGGAGAUUUAAUCAUCCUCCUAUUGAGCAUGGUGUAGGAGAUGUGCCCACAGUUGGAUCCCAACUCACUCCUGAACAUCUUCUUUCAGUGCGUAACUCUCAUCUCGUUUCCUCGGAGACCCUUAACAGAGACCGAAACAGAAAGAGACUUUCAGAAGUUGCAAGGUCAGCAUCUAGCCAGCCCGUGUUUGUUGACUCCUUCCCCAAGCUGAAGAUCUGGUAUAGGCAGCACCAGAGAUGCAUAGCUUCCACGUUAUCUGGACUUACACCUGGAUCUCCUGUCCACCAGACAGUUGAAGCACUUCUCAGCAUGAUGUUCAGAAAGGUCAGGGGAAGUCAGACAUUAAAUCCAGUUAAUUCCGGCACAAGCAGUUCCUCGGGAGCUGCUAGUGAAGAUAUCAUUCCGAGACCUGAGUUUCCUGCUUGGGAUAUCCUCAAAGCCGUUCCAUAUGUUGUAGAUGCUGCUUUAACAGCUUGUACUCAUGGAAGGCUUUCUCCUCGUGAGUUAGCAACAGGUCUGAAAGAUUUAACAGAUUUUCUCCCGGCAUCAUUAGCACCUAUAGUAAGCUACUUCUCGGCUGAGGUGAGUAGAGGUGUUUGGAAGCCAGUAUUCAUGAACGGCAUGGAUUGGCCAAAUCCUGCUGCAAAUCUAUCCAACGUUGAGGAAUUUAUAAAGAAAAUUCUCGCAACAACAGGCGUUGACAUCCCUAGCCUUGCUCCAGCAGGAGGGAGUUCUCCGGCAACGCUUCCUUUACCUCUAGCCGCUUUUGUAAGUCUAACCAUUACUUACAAAAUCGACAAAGCUUCAGAGCGGUUUCUCAAUCUGGCUGGUCCAGCUCUGGAGUGCUUAGCUGCAGGCUGCCCUUGGCCUUGCAUGCCCAUUGUAGCUUCCUUGUGGACCCAAAAGGCAAAACGUUGGUUUGACUUCCUUGUUUUCUCUGCUUCCCGCACCGUCUUUCUUCACAACCCAGACGCUGUGGUUCAGCUCCUCAGAAACUGCUUCAGUGCCACUCUCGGAUUGAACGCUGCACCCAUGUCAAAUGAUGGUGGUGUUGGAGCUCUUCUUGGCCAUGGUUUCGGCUCUCAUUUCUACGGAGGGAUCUCUCCUGUAGCACCAGGGAUUCUCUAUCUCCGCAUGUAUCGUGCUCUCAGAGAUACCGUCUCUGUGACGGAAGAGAUUUUCUCCCUCCUGAUACAUUCCGUGGAGGAUAUAGCACAGAACAGGCUCUCAAAGGAGAAUCUGAAAAGGCUGAAGACAGUGAAGAACGGAUCAAGAUAUGGACAAAGCUCACUAGCAACGGCGAUGACACAAGUCAAGCUUGCUGCUUCGCUUAGUGCAUCAUUGGUAUGGCUAACCGGCGGCUUAGGUGUGGUCCACCUACUCAUCAAAGAAACCAUCCCGUCUUGGUUCUUAUCGGUUGACAAGUCAGACCAAGAACAAAGACCGUCGGAUCUAGUUGCAGAGCUAAGAGGGCAUGCCCUUGCCUACUUUGUGGUCCUAUGUGGAGCAUUCGCUUGGGGAGUGGACUCAAGAUCAGCUGCAUCGAAACGCCGCCAAGGAAUCAUGGGAAGCCACUUGCAGUUCCUCGCGAAUGCCUUGGACGGUAAAAUAUCAGUGGGAUGCGAGACAGCAACUUGGCGGGCUUAUGUCUCCGGUUUGGUGAGUCUAAUGGUGAGCUGUUUGCCACGUUGGGUGGCAGAGAUCGAUGCAGAAGUGUUGAAGAGUCUGAGCAACGGACUGAGACAGUGGGGGAAAGAUGAGCUGGCGAUUUUGUUGCUAUCUAUGGGAGGCGUUAAAACAAUGGGAGAUGCAGUUGAUUUCAUCAUUCAUUUGCGUUCCUAGCUUCUAAGAGUUUUGAUCUCUUCCAGGUUUCAGAUAGU